AAGAGAAGGUGGAUUCAGCCUCCGGCUGACCAAUCGCAGUGAAGCAUCCCACACGUGACCAGCAGUGAGGGCUGGUCUUUAAGCUUUGCAGCGGAAAACCACCAAGCCAGACGGACGGAGAGAGCGUGAGAGAGGGCUGAAGCCUGCCAUACGCACUAAUCCCUCCACAGUGAUCAUGUGUCAGGGGAGUCUGAAGCAGCAGAAGCAGAAGGGGCCGGUGAGGAGCGCUGCGGGGAAAUGGUGAGAUGCUGCAGGUCUUUGAACAGCUCUCCCUCUUGCUAUAACCUCCACAGAGUCAGGGUUGAUGUGCGGCGUUUCCGUCCACCGGGCUCCUCAGCGGGAGCAACAGGGGAGCCCGCACACGGCGCCAACAACGCCGGCACGGGAGGCCCUGGAGCCCCGGGGGUCCCGACUCAGCUCAGCCACCGGAGCCGAUUCAGGUUGCAGUUCCCACAGUUGGCCCUACGGCGGCGACUAGGCCAGCUGAGCUGCAUGUCCCGGUCUACUGUCCGCCUUCGCUCAUGGCCUCUGUCCAUCCUCUACUACAUCCUGCCCUUUGGAGCACUCAAACCUCUUGCCAAAGUAGGCUGGAGGCCCACAAGCAGAGUUACAAUCUACAAGUCCAUACCCACAAGACUUCUCUCCAGAGCCUGGGGUCGCUUGAACCAGGUGGACCUGCCAAAUUGGUUACGGAAACCUAUCUUCAGAUUGUAUAUAUGGACGUUUGGAGUCAACAUGAAGGAAGCGGCCAUAGAGGAUCUACAGCACUACAGAAACUUGGGCGAGUUUUUUCGGCGCAAACUCAAGCCUCAAGUCAGACCAGUGUGCGACUCCCACUGCGUGAUCAGUCCAGCUGAUGGCAAGAUCCUUCACUUUGGCCGCGUGAAGAACUGUGAGGUCGAGCAGGUGAAGGGAGUGACCUAUUCACUGGAGACGUUCCUCGGGCCGCGCAACUGGACCGAGAAUUUAUCCACUAACAGAAAUGAGGAUGAUCCUGGCACGUACCAGGAUGCCCUGGUCACUAAAGAGGGGAAUGAGUUGUUUCACUGCGUAGUUUACCUGGCUCCAGGUGACUACCACUGCUUCCACUCGCCUACAGACUGGAGGGUGGCACACAGACGCCACUUCCCAGGUUCUCUGAUGUCUGUGAACCCGGGAGUUGCGCGUUGGAUCAAGGAACUUUUCUGCCAUAAUGAGCGGGUGGUCUUGAGUGGGGAGUGGACGCAUGGUUUCUUUUCACUCACGGCUGUAGGAGCAACAAAUGUGGGAUCUAUACGCAUCUAUUUUGACAAGGAGCUCCGCACCAACAACCCUCGAUACAGCAAAGGAACUUACAAUGACUUCAGCUACGUAACGAACAACAACCAGGAAGGGGUCAGCAUGAGAAAAGGAGAACACCUGGGCGAAUUCAACUUGGGCUCCACUAUUGUACUGUUAUUCGAAGCUCCACGGGAUUUUACCUUUAAUUUGAAAGCAGGCCAGAAGAUCCGUUUUGGAGAACCUCUUGGGACAAUGUAACGCCUAUGAGAGGGGAACGGAAUCUGAUGAUGGACACACUAAUGUGUGCAGAUGCAUUCAGGGUCUCAAAAACUAAUACAUUCACAUUUGCAGAGAUGCACUCUGUUUAAACUGAGAUACAUGUGUGUUCAUAUGUACUCAAUCAACCACCACUGUUGCAUUAUUGCCAUUGGGUUCUCACAGUCGUUGUGUUAGGGUACGUAGGUUUUUUUUUUUUUUGUAAAAUAAGCAAAGCUUAGACCAUCACGUUGUAUUUGUUUACCAUGAAAUGCCACCCUGAAGUUUUUGGACUCUAAAUUAUUUUUCUAUUUUGUUUUAGUAAAACUAUUUUGUUUUGUUUUAGUGUUUGCCCAUAUUGCCUUUGGCUUGAGUCAACCUGUGUGAAGGGUUUGAAGGGUUCAGGACUUCCAGAGCUAACUCUGCAAGCAUUGGGAAUGUAUGAGAGGCCAUCAUUAUUUGGUACCUUGGUAUUUGACAAUGCUUAGGGUGACCAAAUGUGUUAUUUUCCCAAGACGUAUCCUGGCCAGGAUUUCUACAUUCCCUAAAAUAUUUACGUUUUUGGCUUUGUUUGUGCUGCGCAGACUAAUUGUUGUAUAACAAAGUACCGUAAUUGCUCUCACGGUACUUUGGUAUCAUACACUGAUCGGUAUGCUCAGUGCUGCUUCAAGUGGAACACUAAUAUGUACACGUAUCUGCAUCGCUUUCACUGUUCUCUGUAGACCCCGGUUUCUCACGCACCAUGAAUGGUUGAUUACGUACAAUGUCUGCAUGUUAAUGGUCAAACAAUCAUUACUUUCAUUAAGAAUGAAAACAGGAAACCAAAGCCAGAACCUGGAUAUUUUAGACAAUAUAGAAAUCCUGGCCAGGACGUGUCCUGGGAAAAUGGCACAUUUGGUCACCCUAAGAAUGCUUAUCUUUAAAACCAUUCUCUCCGUCCAACUUCUGCUCUUCAUGAAGGUGCAAGCCAUUUUGACAGUAAAAUCUUGGCCACAUUUACUCACUAAGAAUGAGUUUUGGAAAAGAUGGUCGACAUUUAUCACUGCUGUUGUUCUCUGGCAUUGAAGAAUGCCUUCGCUUGUUGGUCUAGCAAUUAGUUGGGAGAUAAAUGUUAAGUGUUAUGCUGUCUCAACUUGAUUAGUGCCAAAACACAAGAUAUAUUUUUUACUAACACACGUUUUACCCCCUUUUGAUAUGAAUCUAGGUCUUGUGGUUGUAUGGCUUAUAUUUUUUGUUCUUGGACUUUUAUUUUAUUAACCAGCACUUGGCAAGUUCAACAGACAAUUUCUACACCCUGAGCUAAGGAUAAAGACCCUCCGGACCCUCCUAAUCUGGACCACACAUGUGUAUGAAGAUUAGGAGAAGGACUCUGGAAAUUUUGUUUUGAAUGUGUUGAAAACACUGGGCUUUUCUGUGCACUGGGCCACACUCUUUUGGAGAAAAGUCUCAUCAAUUAUUCAUGUAACACUGACAUUAAUUUCAAACUAGUUCAGAUGCAAGAAACAUGUCAUUAAUACAUUUUGAAGGUUAUUUAAAAUGUUGUGUUAUAUAAAUUUGUGAUAUUAAUAUAAAGAUUUAAUAACAUUGUA